AUGGAGCAUUCACGUAGUUCUCAUGGUAGGCUGAUUUUAUUUAAAUUCUGUCAUGGGUUCAUUCUAAUUUUGUGCAUGAGCACUGCUCUGGAGUCUGCAACACUGCCCAGCACUAGUUUCAGAAACGAAACUGAUCGUCUGGCUCUGCUAGAUUUCAAGAAAGGAAUCACUAGUGAUCCUCUCCAUGUCAUGAGCUCCUGGAAUGAUUCCAUCAAAUUCUGCAGCUGGAUUGGCGUUACGUGUAACCAUUCCACAACAAGAGUCUUGAGUUUGAACCUGGAAGCUCAGAACUUGGGAGGCUCCAUACCACCUUCUAUAGGAAAUCUUACUCAUUUGACCUGGAUCAACCUGGGAAUCAACAACUUUCAUGGCCAAAUUCCUCAAGAAAUGGGUCGUCUACGGAGCCUGCAAUAUCUCAAUCUGUCUUACAAUUCUUUUAGCGGGAAUAUUCCAACUAAUAUAUCUCACUGUACACAACUAAGUGUGCUGGAUCUUUUUUCCAAUGAGAUUAUUGGGGUUAUUCCGGACCAACUGAGUUCAUUGUUGAAUUUAAAUCAUCUAUGGCUUUCUCUUAACAAUCUCAUUGGAACAAUCCCAGGUUGGAUAGGAAACUUUUCAUCUUUGAAUAGUCUUCGUCUUUCUCACAACAAUUUUCAAGGAAGCAUACCAAAUGAGCUCGGUCGCCUAACAGCCUUGGGGAGAUUCGUACUUGCAGGGAAUCACUUGUCUGGUAAGGUUCCUGCUUCAAUCUAUAACAUAUCUUCCAUAUACGUUUUCAGUGUUGUUGGAAACCAGCUGCAGGGAGAGCUACCACCAAAUGUUGGUAUUACUCUUCCCAAUCUUGAACUAUUUCUUGGUGGUCGCAACAGAUUCACAGGAAAUAUUCCUGCCUUGUUGUCAAAUGCUUCUAGACUUCGGAGUAUUGAUUUUGGUCGAAAUGGUCUCACUGGAACUAUUCCUGCUGAAAGUCUUGGAAGUUUGCAAAGCUUAGUUAGGCUAAACUUUCGUCGUAAUAGAUUGGGAAGUGGGAAAACUGGUGACCUGAAUUUCCUUGGCUUCUUGGCUAAUUGUACUAGUCUGGAGGUGUUGGGUCUUUCCAGAAACCAAUUUGGAGGUGAGCUGCCAGGAUCUAUAGCCAACCUUUCAACCCAACUAAAACAUCUUACUAUAGGGGGCAAUCUGAUACAUGGAAGCAUCCCUACCGACAUUGGAAAUCUCUUAAGCUUGAACACUCUGGAAGUGGAACAUAACUAUUUGGGUGGGAGUGUCCCUGAUGGAAUUGGGAAGCUUCAGAAAUUAGGGAGACUGGUUUUGAACCUUAACAACUUUUCUGGGCCAAUCCCUUCCUCCCUAGGUAACUUGACUUCAUUGACACAGCUCUUCAUGGAGGAUAAUAGGUUUGAAGGAAGUAUACCUCCAAGUCUUGGAAAUUGCCAAAAUCUACUGAUACUCAAUCUUUCUAGUAACAACCUAACUGGUACCAUACCUAAAGAGCUUAUUGGGCUUUCAUCCCUUUCAAUUUCUUUAACCAUUUCUAACAAUUCAUUGACUGGUCCACUACCAUCUGAAGUGAGUGAUUUAAUACAUCUGGCAGAGCUAGAUGUAUCCGGAAACAAGUUAUUUGGUGAAAUCCCUACGACCCUUGGCAGUUGUAUAAUGUUGGAGCGUCUGCAUUUGGAAGGUAAUGAAUUUCAAGGAACAAUUCCUCAAUCUCUUCAAAAUUUAUCAAGCCUGGAAGAAAUAGAUCUUUCACGCAAUAAUUUAUCUGGGCAGAUUCCUGAAUUUCUAGGCAAGCUUAGUUUUCUUAAGUAUCUCAAUCUUUCUCAUAAUGAUUUUGUGGGUGAAAUUCCUAAAGAUGGGAUCUUUUCAAAUGCAAGUAGUUUCUCAGUUCUUAGAAAUGACAAGCUCUGCGGUGGCAUACCAGAAUUACAUCUGCAUGCAUGCUCCAACAAAAAGCCCCAUUCAUCUCGAGGAGUACUUGUCCCAAAAGUAGGUAUCCCCAUAGCAUGUGCACUUGUGUUCAUAGUUGCUCUAUCAUGCUUCAUUGUUGCUUGUUCAAUGAUGAAAAAGUCAAGAGGUAGACCUUUGACUUCACGUUCUCAUAAGGAUUGGAGAUUAGGUGUCUCUUACUCAGAACUGGUUGAAUCAACUGACGGGUUCUCUGUGGACAAUCUGAUUGGUUCGGGCAGUUUUGGUUCUGUUUACAAAGGGGUAUUCCCUAGUGAUGGAACGGUAGUUGCUGUUAAGGUAUUAAACCUUCAACAAGAAGGAGCUUCCAAGAGUUUCAUUGAUGAAUGCAAAGCUUUAAAAAGUAUAAGACAUCGUAAUCUGCUCAAGAUCAUAACUGCUUGCUCAACCAUUGAUUAUCAGGGUAAUGACUUCAAAAGUCUAGUUAUUGAGUUCAUGAAAAAUGGAAGUCUAGACACAUGGCUGCAUCCAAGAGAUGAUGGGCAAUCUCAAAGCAACAGAUUGACCCUUAUCCAAAGACUCAAUAUUGCCAUUGACGUUGCGUCUGCAUUAGAUUAUCUGCACUAUCGUUGUGAAACCUUCAUUGUUCAUUGUGAUCUAAAACCAAGCAAUGUUCUUCUUGAUGAAGAUAUGGUAGCCCAUGUUGGUGACUUUGGUUUAGCAAGCUUCCUCUUGGAAAGACCAAAUAAUUCCCCCCGAAGUCGAACAAUGUCAGCUGGUCUAAAGGGUUCGAUAGGCUACAUUCCUCCAGAGUAUGGCAUGGGAGGGAAAGUUUCCAUCAUCGGAGAUGUUUAUAGCUAUGGAAUACUGUUACUAGAAAUGUUCACAGGAAAAAGACCUACCAGUGACACGCUCAAAGAUGAUCUAACCAUUCACCAAUUCACAGCGAUGGCAAUGCCUGACCGUGCUAUGGACAUAGUUGACCCUUCAUUGAUCAUAGAAAGAGAUGACUCGGGUUCUGACGAUGAUAGAUAUGUUAAUGACAUACAAGAAAGACAAAUUACAAGAUAUCAGGAUUGCAGCACAGUCGAAGGAAGAAGAUUGGAGGAAUGUUUGGUUUCAGUGAUGCAGAUAGGGCUGUCAUGCUCUGCAAUAUCCCCAGCAGAGCGAAUGCCUAUGAAUGUUGUUGUCAACAAAAUGAGUGGAAUUAGAGACUCAUAUCUGAAUGACAAACAGAAACAUCUAUGUUUAGCGGUUAUUGUUGGAGUCCCCACCUUGUUGAAUGACUAG